AUGGCAGUCCAUUCGUUCCUGGGUUUUCAUUUUCUGUCUGCAUUGCUUUUCUAUUUCAGUCAUGUCUUGUGCCAAACUGGUUCGGUUUAUCAACUUGACUCCGAGUACUCCGGAACCAAUUUCUUCGAUGGAUGGGACUUUUACACCGGAGGUGAUCCUACAGGCGGCUUUGUUACAUACUACAGCCGGUCUUCUGCCCAACUCACCGGCCUGAUCAAUUCCAGUGACAGCUCCCCCGUUUAUAUUGGCUCCGACUAUACGAAUACCAUUUCGUCCACCAGUGCCGCCGGUAGACCCAGUGUCAGGAUAUCAACUCAGCGAUCGUGGACCCAUGGACUCUUUAUAGGAGAUUUCAAUCAUGCUCCCGGAGGAGUUUGUGGCAGUUGGCCAGCAUUUUGGACCCUUGGGCCCAAUUGGCCUUACAAUGGCGAAAUCGAUAUCAUGGAAGGCGUCAAUCUCGUCACUCACAACGGAAUGACUUUGCAUACCAACCCCAAUUGCACGAUUGCCGGUGAUCCCAGAACCAUGACAGGACAGUUGCAGACCACAAACUGUGCAUACUAUCCUGGUUACAAUGUCGGAUGUGGCAUCAGUGACAAUCGACCAGCCAGUUUCGGCGCCGGCUUCAACGCGGUAGGAGGUGGUGUCUAUGCCAUGCAAUGGACAUCCGACUACAUUCGAGUCUGGUUCUUCCCACGCGGGUCCAUCCCUUCAGACAUACUGGCCAGAACGCCCAAUCCUGCAAAUUGGGGUCUUCCGGCUGCCAACAUGCAAGGCUCCUGUGUCAUAGACAGCCAUUUCCAAGCACACAAGAUCAUCUUGAAUAAUGCGUUUUGCGGAGAGUAUGCCGGGGCCGCGAGUGUGUGGAAUUCUUCUACAGGCUCUUGCGCCACGUCGACAGGAUACUCUACCUGCAACGAAUAUGUCGCUUCUGAGCCUGACGCGUUUCGGGCAUCAUAUUGGAGCAUCAACUCCAUCCGAGUCUAUCAGCUUGCCGGCGCCAGCCCAAAUGCAACCUCUUCAUCAACUCCAUACAUAGCAAGCGACCAACCCGCACAGUCCACGGUCAUAUCAACAAGCAGUGCCGCCACUCCCACUCCAACCACCUCUCUUUGUCCGGCCUACAACUUCACUGUGGUUCAAUCCGGCACAUUUAAAUACGAGAUUGAAUGCGGUGUGAAUCCUGGAGGGUCUGACAUUGGUCGUCCGUAUCCCAACUACGUGGUCAACUCGUUCGAAGACUGCGUGGCAGGCUGCAGCUACUGGAACGUCAAUAUCACAGCCAACAUCUGUGGUGCCGUCACAUAUCAAAUCAGCAGCAAGGCCUGUUACUGGAAGAGGAACGUUGGAAGUACACCCAUGAACUCGGGGUAUAACGGCGCCAGGCUCAUCUACUACGCCUACCCGCAAGUCACGGACAAUCCCAACAUGGUCACCUCCAGUACAAGCAGCACCUCCUAUGUGGCCACGUCGGUUACGCCGCAAACAUAUGUCAACCCAUCGGUUUCGACUUCAACCUCCUUCUCGCUGAUCACAGGUACCCCGGCGUAUUCGAAUACGGAUGGAUACGUCGACUGGAAUGACUUCUUCAAGUCGUUCUGUUUCAACCGCUUCUUCAACUACGACCACAAGCAGCAGUGUGUCUCGGUCCAGUUCGGCUACCCCUGGUUUGAUCUCAUCGACGUCUUCAACCACUCGGCCAUCCAGCAGUACCGUGACUGCGUCCAGCUCUAUCACUACAUCCCCAACAUCAGCACCUCAGACAACGACUACAGCAGGCCAGUCAACAACCUCAUCUCGAACUUCCAUCUCGUUGUCCACCUCCUCGACACAGAGAAGCACAGCAACGACCUCGUCUUCGUCUUCUGCAACCACAACUCGACAGUCAACAACCACAAGCCAACAAACUCCGACUCAAGUGCCGAGCACUUCGUCAACCACGCAGAGCAUACAGCAGUCUCCCACGACGACAACAACAACAACAACAACAACAACAGUCAAUCUCGGCACAACGAGUCAAAGUACAAGUCAGACCCAACCAUCUUCGCCAUCGAGUUCAUCCACACACACUUCAGCCGGGACGGGCAGCACAUCGACCAUUCCACCUCCGCCCCCAAUGACGAGUCCUUCAUCGUCAACCUCCUCGUCCUCACCAGCACACUCACAGCCACCGACGUCGUCUUCAACCUCACCAACAGCCUCGCCAAUCGCAACAUCAAGCACAUCUCACUCUACCUCAUCCUCUUCGCCGACAAGUUCUCUAGUGGCGAGAAGCAACACCAGUACGCAGCAGUCUUCCACGUCGGUCACGACCAUGGCGCAAGAGACUUCGUCAACAACCCAAACGACCUCUCCGUCGACAUCAACGACAGACCCUCCUCUCGGCCCUUCCGAAUUCGCUUCCUUCGCUUAUGCAGGCUGUUUCGGUCCGCGUCCGGGCUCGCCGUUUGCGAAUUCGCUCUUGCUCGUCGAGACUUCCGAGGUCAUGUCCAUUGA